AUGACCAAAUUCAUUUACAGCACCGAAUUCAAGAAAACAGCUUGUAAGGCUCUCGAAUUCGAGCUCAUGUAUCGCAACAAUAAGAUGCAUAUCCAACGAUUCGUUGCUGACACUAAGCUUCUCGACGCCAUGUCCACAAAUGAGGAGCGCCGAAUCUUGGAAACUCCCUUCCACCAGACUGAACGAUCCUUCAAGAUCCACGUUGCCAAGCCCGGUCUCCUUAAUAGUCUCGUCUUCGUUGAUGAUCCAGCUUUCGUUACGGAGCUCGAUCCCGAUGAGGUCGAGAUCAAAGCUCAUGCCUUCGGUCUCAACUUCUCAGACGUCUUCAUUGCCCUAGGCCAAUUGCCACCAACACAGCCUAUGGUUGGCAAUGCCGAGAAGAGGCAGCUGCUGAUCGACCAGUACAAUAUCCCUACCGGUAACAUAUUUAGCUCCCGCACAACAGCGUUCGCAGCGGGCAUUAAACGACUUACCAAAGGUCGAGGCGUCGAUGUAGUACUGAACUCACUCUCUGGCCCCAUGCUACAAGCCAGUUGGGAGGUUAUGGCUCCGUUCGGGACCUUUGUCGAGGUGGGCAAGACCGACAUCUACCGUCGCUCCCAUUUGGCCAUGGAGCCCUUCCGGAACAAUCUGAAGUUUGCCAGCAUUGAUCUUGUGCUCCUUGCGCAGCAACGGCCAGCCUAUGUGGCUAAGAUGCUCCAGGAGAUCUGGGACGAUAUUCGAGCUAGCAGGCUCUCAGCGCUGCCGGUGACAUCAUUCCCGAUCGGCGAGGUUGAGAAGGCGUUCAGGCUUAUGCAGAACCGGGGUCACACGGGCAAGAUCGUUCUGGAAGCGGACGAGAAUAGUAAAGUGGUAGCCCGGACUGCCGAGCUGAGGCUAAGAGCGGAUGCGACCUAUGUCAUUGUGGGUGGUCUUGGGGGACUAGGAAAGCUCAUCUGUCGUCAUCUUCAGCUGAGAGGGGCGAGACAUGUGGCUCUAUUCACGAGGCAGACACUGGAUGCUCUGACUAAAGCGGAAAUAGAGGCAGGACUCACAGUUGAGGCAACCGGUGCAGCAGUAAGGAUCGUGACUUGUGAUGUCACGGACACAGCGGUCGUAGCGAAGGUAGCCAAUGAUUUGCAAAAGUUAAUGCCCCCAGUCAAAGGGAUUAUCCAUGGAGGAAUGAUACUAGCCGACAACCUCAUCUCCAAAAUAAGUCAAGCCGACUUCUUUACGGCUUUGGCUCCCAAAGUUCGAGGCACUAACAACCUCCAUGCCGCCUUCCCGGUCACGGAUCUUGACUUCUUCAUUCUCAUGUCUUCCUUAUGCGCUAUUAUUGGCACUCUUGGACAGUCCAACUACGCCUCUGCAGGCACCUACCAAGAUAUGUUUGCACAUGCUCUGGUCUCUGAAGGUCACACCAAUGUCGUGACUAUCGACUUCCCACUUAUUCAAGACACCUAUCCGGUCACGCAAGACCGAAUUCUAUCUCUAGGUCGCCAAGGUUGCCAGUAUCUUGAUGUGGCAACCGUCUGGCCGGUUCUCGACUACGCCAUGAGCGGCGCAGCAGGACGAGAUGGGAAUAACCAGCUUGCCUGGGGCCUGGACGCGCAGAGCUUCCUCAGUCAAGACGAGCAGGGAACGCGUGUCCCGCCUCUGCUUGAAAGCAUUGUAGCCCACAAACUCAGCACCCAUGCAAUGAGAGACAGUGGCCAAAAUCCUCCGAAGCGCUCAGUCGAGGACGAGAUUGCGCAUGCCAAGACGAUUGAAGAAGCAGAAUCGUUGGUGCUAGAGACAAUUCAAACCAAAAUCGCCUCACUUACCGCACUAGAUCUGGCGGAUUUAGAUAUUGAUACGCCUGUGGCAAACAUGGCUCUCGACUCGCUAGUUGCCACAGAGAUAAAGAAUUGGAUCACCAACACACUACAGGCACCUCUACAGACGAGCGAUAUUAUGGAUGCAUCGAGCUUGAGGAGCCUGGCGGGACUCGUGACGACGGUGUCGAAGCUUGUGAAGCCCAAUAUGAAAGAUAAAGUAGAUACAAUUCGGGUGGUCGAAAACCGUGAGCAAAAGGACAGGAAGAAUGGGGCAGAAGUCGGACUACCCAAGUACCCACUACCACCACUGGAGACGACAUUCGAGAUCUUCUUGGACUCUGUGUCCCAUCUAGGCAAUGCUGCCGAGCUGGAAGAGACAAAGAAGGCCAUCGAUCAGUUUAUUUUGCCUGGUGGCGUUGGGCAGCGGAUGCAAUCUCGACUCCAGAAGCUCGCUACAGAGGAUACGCGAAUGGAUGAGGUGGUUGAUAUGUAUGUCCGCAACAAGUGGCUUCGUGGGCGAGAUUGGAGACCAAGACUGCGUAACUUCUUUGCCACAUUACCACUCACCGAGAACCCACAAACACAAGCCGAAAGAGCCGCCCAAAUUGUCCUGGCUGCUUAUGCUUACAAGCGUACCUUGGAUGAGGGGACGGUGCAGGAAGAGUUUCUUGGCGAUGACGCACUCUCGAUGGACACGAUAUACUGGCUAUUCAACUCCAAUCGGACACCCAUCUUAGAAUGUGACAGACCUGAUAGGUACCCUGGAAAUGAUUUCAUCGUCGUCAUGCGGAAGGGCCACGCAUGGAAAGUUGACAUAACCACAGAUGGGAAAGAUACUCUGAAGUCUGGCCAGCUGAAGGAGAUUUUCCAUGUAAUUCAACAAGAGCGUCUCGAAACUGUGAAUUGGGCCAGUCUUCUAACUACAGCGGACCGCGACGAGUGGGCUCAGGCUCGUGAGGAAGUCAUGCUCACGAGUAAAGCUAACGCGCAUUUCAUCAAUACCAUAGAGAAAUGUCUCUUCAUUGUCUACCUAGAAGACAAAUCUCCCAGUUCAGCAACAGAACGCGCAGAAUGCUUCCUGUUAGACAACAACUCAAAUCGCUGGCUUGAUAAGACGCUCUCAUUCGUCGUCUGCGCCAAUGGAAUCUCUGCCAUUUUCGGCGAACACACCAUGGUCGACGGCACCACAUUUGGAGGACUGAUUAAUGCCGUCACCUCUGCACCUAUCAUUGAAGAAGAUACACGGCAUGAAAACACCGUAUAUUCAAAAUCAUCUUUGAAAGACAAGAUGACAUACCUACCCUUCGCAAUGCCCGCAUCUUUGGACAAGUAUGUGCCCCACCUCCUUUCAGCACACAUUGCCGCCCAUAAGGGUUACAACCUCUGCAACUACGAGCUUGACUAUGGCAGCGCGUAUCUCCGUCGGCAUAACCUGCCUCCGAAGAGCGUAAGCCAGCUGCUCAUCCAGCUCGCUGUGCGGCGGCAACUUGGCUACAAUCCACUGGGAGCUGUAGAUGUGAUCUCACAAAGACCAUUCAGGGGUGGGCGAACUGACAUGAUCUACGUCAUGACACCGCCUGUGCAGGCAUUCUGUGCUAUAGCAGAAGAUCUUUCAGUACCUAUAAGCGAGAGAAGAAAGAAGUUCCUGGAGGCUAUCAAGUCUCACGCACGAUUGACGACGUUGUCCACUCGCGGCAGAGGUUUUAGGUGGACCUUGAUGGCCCUAAAGGAAAUGAAGGAGGAACACGAGGAGUUGCCUGCCUUCUACAGUGAUACUUUGUAUCAAAAAACAAACGAGCGCCCCGUGUGUACAAGUUUCACGGAAUUUGGGCUACCAGAGAUGGGGCGGUGUCAGCCUAAUCACGAAGAUAUUUGGGUCGGGUGUCAAGUCUUUGACGAGAGUGUGAGGUUCACUGUUAUUGAUGGUGUCGGUGGAAGUGAAAAGUUUGCAGAGAAUCUAAGAGAGGUAGGCAUUGCAAUGAAGGGCAUUGUCGAGUCUGUCGUGGGGAGAAAUGAGGCUGAAUGGAAAGAAGCGCUCUAUGGCGAUAUUAGAGGCGGGCUAGCAUUUUAA